AUGGCGACCGGUGAGAGGCGGUCAAAUCUCAGGUUGCUCAGGACGUCACUGAUUCUGGACCAAGGCGACGCACGCACGACUCGCUAUGGAGACUGUCUCAGACUGUGUACUUACAACGCGGGAACAGUUUCCACAGACGCUGACCUGCAUGCCCUUCUCGGAGCUACAGAGCGUAUCAAAUUUCAUGUGAUUGCUCUGCAGGAGACUAAGUGCAGAAGGAGCGACGUACGACAGAUGAAUGACGGUACACUCGUCAUUCGUGGAGAGAAGGUUCCGUCGCGAAAUGUAGGCGGUUUUGUUGUGCACCCAUCUGUCGUCUAUCUCGUCGAUUCUCACGAGAUCCUGUCACCUCGUCUGGCCAUUCUUCGCCUCCGCCCUCUUCGCCAAAAAUCCAUCAGUAUCAUCUACUGCUAUUCACCAACAUCAGCAGCUGAUGAUUCCGAAUUGGACGCGUUUUACGAGGAGCUGGAGGAAGUAGUCCGCAACGAGAAGUCCUUUUACAAAUUCUUGUCGGAGACUUUAACGCAAAACUAG